GUACUACAGAUCAGGCUUGGAAAUGGUUCGGAUGGCUGAUGUUUAUGAUGAGGAGGGAAGCCUUGAAAAUGCCUUUAUUUUGUACAUGAAAUUUAUGACGCUAUUUUUAGAAAAGAUACGAAGCCACCCAGACUUUGCUAGUCACUCAUCAGCUGACAAAACCAAUAAUACUAAGAAACUUAAGGAAAUUCUUCCAAAGGCUGAGAGAAUAAAACAUCAACUCAUAGAAAAAUACCAGCGGGAAUAUAAAAUUAUAGUUGAAGAGCAGAAAAAGUUGGAGGAGCAAUUAAAACGCAAGCAAGAGGAAGCUGAACGUCUUGCACAGGAAGAGGAAAAAAGGAAGAAACAACAGUAUGAUGAGGAUUACAAGAGAAAUAGAGAUAUAAAAGAUGAAGAGAGAAGAAUUCAAGACCUACAGUCUGUAUAUCAUAAAAGCCCUGCAUUAGCCUUGGAUGAUGCUCCCCCAGCUUAUGAUGGUUUAGGUGAUGUGACCUAUCCCAUAUCAGCCUUAACGUUGAAUGAUGUGGAUCAAGAUGAGAGAUUAAGUGUGCCACUUGGAGACAGAAGCCCAUCUCCCAAUACUACAACUUUUUCUUCCACCAAAUCUAAUUCCUUACCCAGCAUUCCAUCAAGAGACCUCAAAGCCUGUACACUACACAGCAUUCCAGUAGUGGACAGGGGAAGUAAACCAGAAUCACUACUAAGUGCCAAUGCAGGAACAAAGAUUGGGGGACUUCGUGAAGUAAGGGUGCCAGAGGAAUUAAUGGCUAAAUUCAUGGCCUUGGCCCUACCAAAUACUUUACGUAAUAUUGAAACCUGUGGGAUCCUUGCUGGUAAACUGGCACAUCACAAACUUUUGGUGACACAUUUGCUGGUUCCUAAGCAAUGUGGCACAGCUGACUCUUGCACGACCCAGCAUGAAGAGGAACUCUUUGAUUAUCAAGAUAAACUAGAUCUUAUAACUGUUGGCUGGAUACAUACACACCCAACACAGACAGCUUUUCUGUCUAGUGUUGAUCUUCACACACAUUGCUCUUACCAACUGAUGAUGCCUGAGGCUGUGGCUAUAGUAUGUGCACCCAAAUAUGAUGAGACAGGAUUCUUUACUCUCAGUCCUAAUCAUGGAUUACCAUUUAUUUCCAACUGUCAACAGAGUGGAUUUCAUCCACACCCUAAAGAGCCUCCAUUGUUCCAAAAUGCCAGCCAUGUCUCACUUGAGAAAAAUUUCCCCAUAAAGGUUAUUGAUCUCCGGGAGUUUGAGUGAGUAGAUAUCAGAGUGGGAAGAAAUUAUGAAAUGGAUUUAAUUCCAGACAUUGUUGAAAAUAUAUUUUUUAUUAUAUAUCAUACCUGAAAUCUUACAUAGUUAUAUAUAAUAUGGUAACAGUGACUAGAUUUUGUUGUUGCUAGUGAGAAAAACUGUUAUUGGUGAACUAAUUAGUUUUAUUUUUUAUAUAAUAUUGUUAUUAGCUAGAUUCAAAGUACCAAAUCAAAUCUAUUAUUACAACUGCUGUUCUUUUAAUGGCAACUUUAUCAUGUUGUAUGUGAUAUGAAGCCUUUUCACUUUAUAAUCAUGUUCUAUUAGAUGUUCAGUAAAUAAUGCUUCUGAAACUCCUGAUUGUAAUCAUUAACAUACUACAAAUUAGAGUUGUUUGCUCUUAAAAUGUGAAGUCCAUGGCUUACACUCCUGAUUGGUUUUUGAAAAAUUGUAUGUAAUGAGAAUCUUGCAUAAUGCAAAGUAUGUUUUUCCUGGAUUUUUUAUAAAUUAGAGAUACGUUCCAUAUCUCAGGAAAUAUUUUUCACACAGCAUAGAGACUAAUCAUAGUGAUCAAACAAGAAAGGGCUAUUCUGUGUUACUUCUGACAUUUUCUUACAGAAUAAUUCUGUAGUGUUGUAUACAGUAUGACGAUGUAGUUUAAUGCAGAACUACAAUAGGUGAGUACAGAAUGGUUCAUAUGGGAAUGAGAAAAUGCAAGUGACAUGAAGUGAUUAGAAAUAAAAUAAGUGAUGCAGUAGGAUUUAAAAAAAAAAAAAAGAAUUAGUAAAGCCUAGCCCCACACUAAUUUGUAAUAAUUAAAUCACUUGCAUUUCUCUUGUUUCUAUACAGUAUAAUAGAUCUCUGUACAUAUCAAUAUUAGAUGCUUCUGCACUAGACUAAGUUUUUCACACAAUUACAGGAUUUUACUAAAAUCUUAUUUACUAAAAAAAUACAGUAGACAACCACCUUUUGCACAAAAUACCUUCCAGAAAAAUGGAGUUAUUCAAAAAAUGUGAUAGGUAGAAUGAACAACUUGUGGGAAGAAAGUAGGUUAUGUUCUAUAUCACCUUCAAAAAAGUCAAGCACCUUUUCUUGUAAAUAUAUAAUUUACCUAAAAUAAUGAACAUUCAUUAAUGAUUUGCCGGAAGUACCGGCAAAUCCUUAAUGAAUCAAUCAAUGAACAAAGUAUUGUGCAAUGAUUUUAAAAGGCACUCAGAUGUUACAGGCACAUUAAAGCAUGUUGUUAUAGUAUAAUACAGGAUGAUUUAACAUAGCAUAACCUGAGAAAGUCGAGCUAUGUGAAUACACUUGCUUCAAAUUCUGGUUGUUAUUGCUUAAGUGGCUUGAUGUCAGUGGAGAGGCUUGGUAUGGCCCUACUGGGCCUCACGGGGUAGUUGAAAUAGAGGGCUGGGGUUCGUGGGCAGAAUUGGAUGGCUGAAGUGAAUGGUUGGGAUUACAGGAACCUUGAAGUAUUCUGUCAUGCAUCUCUGCUGUGUUUUACCCAGCAGUACUUUAUACAGCUGAUGGUAGGGCAUCAUUGAUUGGUUCAGCAUCUGUUUCAGAGUAGUGCUUCUAGAUGCAUUAGAGGUCCUCUUCAAUGAAAAAGUAAGUUUAAGAGCAACAUGGAAUUGCUUAUGUAGCUGUUGAAAUGUUAACUGUUUCUCUGCAGGCUCUUCUUCCUCAUCCUCAACUUUGAGUCUUUUUCUACUUGGAAAUUCAACUCUGCCAAAAAAAUUUCUAGACUGAUUUCUUCCUUGUUAUCUAAUAGUUCAUUGAUGUCUUCUGGCUGCAUGUCUUCAAAGCCUUCAUCUUGCAAUCUCCUUGCCAGCUGAACAGUUGCCUCAGCUUGCCUCUCAAUUGACAGAAUUGUGAAAAUAUUCACACUAGGCCAUAAUUUUGCCAGCCUACACUUAUUGUUGUUUUUGCACAUUAUUCCCCUUACCUUAACUGUUUAUCCCUACAUCCUGUACCUUCAUCUAAAUAUUUUAAUUAAACCAUGCAACAGUAAUUGUUGUAGUAGCCAAUCUUUUUCAUUACUCUCUACUAGAUGAAGAGGAGCUCAUGCAUACAUAGAAUGAACUUAUAAAAAAAAAUCAGUACACUUAAUCCUUUUGGGAUGGGUCCUGUCAUACUACAGCUGUGAGUGGUGAAUUUGGGCCCAGAUAUGAGAGCUUGGAUCUAUGUGGUAAGUGUGCGCCAUAUAAAAGCAAUCCUGCAGCAAGCAGUGCAUAAUGAGAGAGAGAGAGAAAUUUGGGGUGUAUUUUUGUAUGGUUCUUAUGGUUGCAUUCUUGGUCUCACUUGAUAGAAUGGAAGAUAUAUUACAGAAAUAUAGAUAAUUUUGAUUGGUUUCAAGACUGAAAGUUGCUUGAAAUUGAGCUCGAAUUAGUAGAAAUGUUCGAUUUUGCCGAUAUUCCAGAGUACACAAAUUAUGUCACUCAUACAAUACGUGUCCAACUGGUCAGUCUGAUAAAUGUUAACAAAUGUGCUGACAUUUUCUUCUAUAAAAUUAUUACAAUAAUGUAGUUGCAUAACAGCAAAUCUAUUUUUUGUGUGAAUAAAAAUUCAAAAUGCAAAGCAAGUGUAAUACAAGAGGCCUGGGGAUGUAACUAAUGAACAGAGGAAGUGUUUUGAAAUGCCAGGAAUGUCUACAUUGUUUACUCUGGACCCUAGUUUUAAAUUGGCAAUUCUUUAAUUUUGUGUGAAUUGGCCAAAUUACCAAUUUCUAAUCACUUUAGUGAUAAUUCUGAUCACUUUAGUGGGUAGUUGAAACAGUUAAAUUGGCUGUUUCUUGUACUUAGUUGUUAGAAUAGAAGGAAUACAGUGGACCCCCAGUUAUUGGCCGCUUCUGUUAUCAGCCAACUUGGUGGUUGGCCGUUUUUUUUGGCGCCCGGUUAUCGGCCGUUUCAGUGAUCGGCCAUUUGGGAUGCAUCCGUCCGCCAGCUGGGGCUGCUUGCGCAUCAGUUUGGCUGCAUCUUUCGGUGUGGGAGAAAGCUUCUGCUCGUACAUCCAAACAUUUUGCGUGUUUUCCAUUUUUUUUGUAGGUUUUUUGCAGUGCAACUGUGAAAUAAGUAACCAUGGCUCCAAAGAAAGUUCCUAGUAAAGUUCCUGUGGUAAAGAAAGUGACAAACACCAUGGAAUUUAAGCAUGAAGUGUAGCAGGCAUGCAAGGAGUGUAGCAGGCAUGCAGGAAGUAUAGCUGUUAUACAGGAAGUGUAGCAGGCAUGCAGGAAGUGUAGCAGGCAUUCCAGAAGCCAGCAUUAGUCUUCAAUAAAGGUAUGUAAUGCUGAUUUAAUUGUUAAAAAAAAUAUUUUUUGGUGAAUAUUUUUGUCUUGAACGGUACAUUAAUUCUUAUGGGAAAUAUUAUUUCGGUUUUCGGCCAGUUUGGUUUUAUGCAGAGCUUCUGGAACAGAUUACAGCCGAUAACCGAGGGUCCACUGUACAAGCGAAAUAGCUUUGAUUUUGGUCAACUAGAACAAUAGAAUUGGCCAAAAAUAGGGCUCAAACUGGUCAGAAUCACUGAUGUGUAAAUAUCACUGAGACUGUUAACUUUGCAAGAGUGUAAUUCCUUAGAUUUUCCAUCAAAUUUUGUACUUUUGGUUUCGUUACCUUUGGAAAAAGAUUCUCUAUCCUUUAAUUUUUUAUUUUUUAAUUCUUCGACCUUGAGAGCAAGUUUCAAAUCAGGGGUUCUGACCUUGAAAGGGUUAACAAAUGAAACAAAAAGUAAAAUGAAAAAAUUCAUAAAUCCUGAAAAUUAACUGAUGGGUGGUGCGAGAGAUCUGACUUAAACAAGGCUGAAGCAUUUGCAGGCAAUGAUUCUUAUGAAAGAUGGUGCAUUGAAAUUUGUUUAAUGGUCUAAUAGAAGGGAGGGGGUGUUUGCUUAAAAACAAAUCUGCUGCAUGGAAGUGAUGGAUGUGGCAAACUACGUCUGCUGCGUUGAUAGCCUACCAGUCAUAGACAAAUACCCAACACGGUGGACUUCACUGCAUUGGGUAUCAAAUUCAUACUUAGUUCUCUGCACUGAUGACACUACCAGACAGUAUUAAAAUGCAGUCAAUAAAUUACAAUGGUAUGAUACCUGAAAAUAAAAGUUAAAAGUAUAGCACAGUACAGUAAUUUUUCUUAAAUUUUCUGGUGGAUGGAUGAGCUAACAGUUGGAUUCUGUGUUGUCUGGUGGUGACUCAGAAUACCAGCCAUGCCAUAAGUUGUUGAUCAAGCUAUGCUGUUUAUGGAAGUAUCAAAGCCAACCAUUACUUGCCCCAUAUUAUAUGCAUAUAUGACUUGCUAGCUUCUUAGCAGCAGAGUGAAACUUAGCAGAAUGAUGUUAACACCAGCAGUAUGCUAUUUAUGCACUGGUUUUUCAACCCUUUCUAUCUUGGGCCAUUUUUUUUAUGCAUCCUAGGAACAACUGCAGAUUUUUUGCUAGCCUUUACACUAUGUUAAUAGCAUAUGCUGUAAGUUUGUCUGUACUUCAAAUGUCAGACACUGCCUUUGCUACACUAUUCCUCACACCCAGGCCACCAAGACAUCAAAUCCCCACCUGCCUUAUUAAUUAAAAUUUCUACUUAGCACUCAAAUUUACACACUUCUUGGCACUGUCACUGGUUUUAGAGGCCACUGAUAAUAACACUGUCCAAGAUAAUUUUUAAGGUAAUGAUAAAUACUGUAUAUCCAGGGAAAAUUUGAGACCAAAUGAUGUGAAUGAAUACACAGACAAUAACGAACUCAUACAGGCUAAGCUACUGGCCCCACUUGUCCAGGAACAAUGAAAAUGAACAGGUCCUGGACACAGCCCAGUCCAGACAAACUUGCGAUGAAGUGUACCUGGUCAGCUCCAUCAAUGAUAUGACAAAUGGACAUCUGUGAUGCAGCAAGUUGACCCACUGUAUUGAUAUUUCUACUGGACUAGCUGAGUCUUUAUCUGGCCAGAUUUGUCAGGUUUAUCCAAAAUCCAUUGCAUAAUAGUUCGUUACACUAGUGCUUUAUGGGGUUAGUUUAUAGGGAUGUAGGGAAUAUGUAGAGUUAGAGGGUAGUUUGUUCCUUUGAUAAAGAACCCUUCACCAGCAUGUGCAUUGGCAGGCAACAGCCUAAUGCAAGGAUUCCUUGUACAGUGUAUUGUAUUUUGAAGGCUAGAGUAAUCUCUCUCAUAUUAAUGAAUGCACAGGAAUCAGAGAAAAUUCUAAAUUUGAUAGCUUUCUCUUGUUUGGAAAUAAUUCUAUAUCCUGUAUUUUCCAGAUUUCAAUUCAGAAUUGUUGUUUGAGGAAAAUAUAAAAGUGUCUUUUGAAUACUCUGUACUGUAAUAGAAUUUCAAAUAAGAGUUUUCUGUAUACGUAUUUCAUAACAUGGUAGGAACAUUUAAACGAAAUCUGUAUAGUACCUACAGACUUUUAAGUAGUCAAAUAGAGAGAAUAUUUAUGAUAUAAUUUUUUUUCUUAACAAACAGUAAGGAACCCAUAUAAAUUAAUUUUUUAUUUUGGCUUAGUAGUAGCUCCCCUCCCCCCAACAGAUGAGGUGGGUAGAUAUUGGUGAGAGGAUUCUCAAUCCAAGGAAGUGGACUUAUCCUGUUCUUUGUUGGAUAAUCUGAAUGCCUCCCAUUACCCACCAAUAUAUGAAUCCCCCUGAUUUAAAUAAAAAUAAAUUAGCUGCAAUUCAGGGUCUCUAGUUUAUACAGUAAUAAAACAAACCAUCUGCAUUAAGUAUGUACAUUGUUUAAGACUAAAAUUUAAUGUUUGUUACUAUUAAAGUCAAAUUUAUUGUGAUAAGUUUUUCCUUUAACCAAUUCUAUUUGAUCAGUCAUUGAAGAAAGAAACGAGUAACAGUUCUGCUGUAUACGUUAGGGUUGGGGGGGGGAGUUCUUUUAAAUUUUCAUCCAAUUGGUAUUACGAUGAAGUACUUUACAACUGAUUAGUACAUAUUGUGGUAAUGCAUAUGGUACAGUACUAAAAAAUAUCUAUGUACAUGGCAAGUAAUAGGUAAUCUUUAGGCUCAGUGUCAAAGUCUAGGAAUAAACCAAAUUUAUUUGAUUCCUUGAGUUUAGUAGCAUCCUACAAAGAUUUAAAAUUGUAAUGGAAAAUAUGCAUAACGUGGAGGUAAAACUAAGUUUAUUAGUGAGAAUACUCUACGUAUUUUCAAAUUAAUUAAUAACAUACAAUUCAAGUAAGUGUUUUGACGUAGGAAAAUCUGCUUAAAUAUGUAAAUACAAUAUAUAUAUUAUACAUUAGUGUAAGGUUUUAUGAUCACACCUAUGUAAUAAUCUUGCCAAAUAUUAAUUGCUGCAUGAUGUUGGUAAGGCAUAGCCCAUUUAGCUUUUAGCAUCAUCACAUAGCCUAAACUUUAACUGACCACACUAUGAAGUUGUUUUCCUCUAAAAAUUUUAUUACUCUGGUGCCAAAAAGAAGAAAGCAAUGUUAAUACUUCAUUCAUGAGUGAAUUAUAGUUUCUGCGAGUUAAAAGGAAGUUUAUACACUUGAGUAUACUUAAUUACUGCAAUCUCUUCCCCCCCAAAUUAUAGCUUUAGCAUAAUGUUUUGUAAAUAUAUAAAAUUGGUGUGGAUUCUAGUAUCAAUUGUUUUUCCUAAUUACAUGCAGUGUUAUAUGAUCCUUAUGGGUUUAGCACUAAGUUAUGAUUAUAAUUUCCUAAUUAUGAAAAGAUGAUUAAGGUAUUGACUAUACAGUCAAACCUCGAUUUUUGUAUGCCCUAUUUUUCAUACGAUUCAGUUUUUGAAAACCUUUCAUUGAAAUUUUAUCCCAGUUUUCGUACAGUUGAAAAUGGUCCAUACCAAACUCGUCCACCUGCUCGCAUGACUUGGCCACUCAUUUCCUGGAAUCGAACACCCAAACAAAGCAUCCCAUGCGUCCGUGACUCAGUCUGCCUUUGUUUCUCGAGUGAGCAUCACCCCGUGCAUUCAUUCAAAACAUUUCGUAAUAAUCCAGUGUUUUUUGUGCUUGUUUAUUCAGUGAGACUGAUAAAUAAGCCACCAUGGGGCCAAAGAAAGUUUUGAGUGCCAGCCCUUUGAUAAAGAAGGUGAGAAACACGUUAGAAUUCAAGAAAGAGCUUGUAGCAAAGUAUGAAAGUGGCGUACCCGUGGCUGAUCUCGCCAGGAUGUACUGGAAGUCAGCAUCAACAAUCGGUUCCAUCCUGGUGAAGAAAAAAUAAAUCAAGGAAGCUGAUGUUGCAAAAGGGGUAAAUGUGCUAACAAAACAGAGAUCGCAAACAAUUGAAGAUGUUGAGAAGUUGUUGUUGGUGUGAAUCAAUGAAAACUGUUAGUGGAAGAUAGUGUUCUGGAGGCAAUAAUUUGUGAAAAGGCAAGGCAGUUGCAUGUGGAUUUCACAAAGAAAAUGCCUGGAACAAGUGCUGCUGUUAGUGAAUUUAAGGCCAGAGGCUGGUUCAACAAAUUCAAGAAGCAAGCUGGCAUACACAGUGUGGUAAGGCAUGGUGAGGCUGCAAGUUCAAACGAACGUGAGGCCGAAGAAUUUGUUGAUGAAUUCAAGGAGUACGUAGAGGCUGAAGGAUUCCUCCAACAAGUUUUCAGUUGUGACGAAACAGGCCUCUUUUGGAAGAAAAUGCCAGAGGACCUACAUCACGCAGGAGGAAAAGGCACUGCCAGGACACAAACCUAUGAAGGAUAGGCUAACUCUUUAGUUCUGUGGUAACGCUAGUGGGGAUUUCAAAGUGAAGCCUUAACUGGUG